GGUUUCCGCAAUACUUUUAUUGGUUUCCCAAGCUGUGUUAAACAUGGUGGCUAUUUUCUAUUAGCAUAGCAUUUGAAACGUUUACGUUGAGACAGUGAUAUGGCGGCGAUUAAGACGAUGUUGAACGAAGACUGGCAGUCCCCCUUGGCGGUGGGAGAAGGCCUCUGGCACUUGUUUGUAAACCAGGUUGCAUGUGACAUGUUUUUCGAGCUGGGGCUGGACCUUGAGCGUAUGGGGGCACACAGUGUAGUGCUGAUGGCGCGAAGUGUCGUCUGGUUCCGGGAGCUGGCGGACGGCCUCCCGCAGAAGGAUAUCUCGCUGCCAGAAAUCGCCCCGGAGGAGUUCACUUGCUUUCUCAGGUAUUUGUAUACAGGAGAACUAAAAAUCGAGGGAAUCUCUGUUGACAAGGUCCUAAGUUUAGCUGAAAGAUACGGAGCCCGAGAACUCAUAAAACAGCUGGUAGCUAUACAACUAGAAACUAUGGACGCCGAAAUGUUUUGUCCGUUCGUACGGAAAAAUGAAAAUCACAUGACAGAACUUAUAAAGCACAAAUGUCUGGAGUAUGUUUUUAAUCAGCCGUUUAAGGUGUUUCAGAGUGGGACGUUCUCCAUCCUGCCCCGUUCGUUCCUGAAGGAGAUACUAGAGCAUGAGAUGUUGGUCAUAGAUGAGGAAGUUCUGUGUACGGCUGUCCUGCUCUGGGUCAGCAAAGAGUGUGAGACCGCUCAUAUGGAAGUCAACGGGAAAAACCAGCGUAAAGUCCUCGGUGACAUGAUCUAUCUUAUACGGUUUCCAUUGCUGAGUCAGGACUACUUCACUGAGAACAUCUCUGAAAAGGGCCUGCUUACAGAGCAUGAGGAAGUUCAACUGUUGAAGUAUUUUUUAAAAGCGAAGAACGCAAUACAGAGUUUAAAGUUCGAAACCAAGAAAAGGACGGCCCCGAAAGUGCCGUUCAAAUUUUCGCCACACUUGGAAAAUGGCCCUACUGUUGGAGGGCUUCAUACUACCGGAAGUCGACCAAUCUUAGCAACAUCAGAAACAGAAAAGCAGGGAUACGUGAGUCGGUUUACGGAGAGGGGAAUAGGCUGGGGUUACCGUAGCAACAGGAAGGACGCAAUAGCCUUCACCGUGAGCGGAGACAUUAUUCUAAAAUACAUCGAUAUCUACGGAACUUGUAAGGAUAAUGGCACGCUUGAUGUUACUGUAGCUUUAAUGGACACUAAAAAGCAGGUCAGUGAAACUGACAUGAAAGUUCCCUGUCAGUUAACAAAUGCCUCGGGUCUAUAUGAGGUCGGGAUUGAAAAUGACACUGGCUCAUACGGUGUGCACCUAAAAGCAGGAACGGAGUAUCAUCUUAUUCUUACAAUAAAUGGCGGGAAUACAUUCUACGGCAAAAAUGGAAAGGCAAAGGUCUUCGCUGAUGGGAUAGAGUUUAACUUUAUGACUAGCCAGUAUUCGACUAAUAACACUAAUACAAAUAUUGGACAAAUAGCUGCUUUGAAGUUUACUAUUGUGUAAAUCAAACGUAUAGACUUCAUUCUACAUCGUCAGCCCACAUGAAAUUCAUUCCGUUAAAAUCAUACAAGUACCGUCGGAUAAUUGCAACAUGACGCUGAACCAUACUGAUAUAAACAUAACCAUUUAACCAAUGACCUUUCAUUUACAAGUCACGUGAUAACCCUGGCGAGAUUUACAAGUCACGUGAUAACUCUGGUGCGAUUUAUUAGUCACGUGAUAGCAAUGGGCAGCAAAAGAACGAGGACGUUGAUUCAAUGAGACGUUUUGUUAAAUGAAGAAGGGAACUUGUGGGCAGCUUUAUUCAAAAUUAAGCUUCAUAACGAUUGAGUGACAAAGUUAUGUUUUUUUAAUGAGUGUUUGAGUAAAUGAUUUGAGUAAGCAUCUAGUUACCUAUGAUGCCUCAAAGAAUAAUUUGCGACAACGAGUCUGGAGCACUGCCAACUGAGUCAUCGCGGAUAAUCUGGACUUGAACAUUUGUGCAAAUUUAUCAUUUUCCGUAACAAUUUGCUUGCGAAAAAUGAUUGUGUGGCCCACAGUUCAUGGUGAAGCAUAGGUCGACUACCAGGACCCGAUAUCAUGAAAUAUUUCAAGUCAUUUCUCAACUUUAGGCUCAACUUAUUUUUCCAAAUAACCGCAUGGCAUUGUCCAAAAUUGCUUAUGUUUUAGUUUGUUUUUGAAAAUUGAAAAUAGGGACGGGACGUACUAUUAAUUUCGGUAACCUUAAUUUUGUUUGUGGUUAGUAGAGAGUGCUAGUGUGUUAGUGAAGAUGUGGCUCUGGUGUUUGUACAGAUGCUUACAUUUCUGAUUGUUUUGAAUGAUCGAGGUCGCAAAAUUGUGUUGCACAUUUAAGGAAACGUGUUUGUGACGUGCACAGAUCGUGGUGUGUGAACAAGUAUGAACAAGUUAAAAUUUGAUUGUUGAAGGGUUUUGACGUUUUUAAACUAAUUGAAAGCUAUGUUCAAACGUUGAUUGUUGGACAUGUAUUGACUAUAGUAGUGAUCAUUAACUGAUCCAUGGGAUGUAUAGGGCAGCACCGAACACGCGGAUACCCCCACCCCCCAUACUUUCAAUUGAACUUUUAUGACAAUAUUUAAGAAACAAUAUGCAUAUUAUACACUAAAAUACCCCAUUUUAGACUAAUAAACUUCUAAUUCGUGAAUUGAGGAUGGCACCCACAUUCCCAAAUUCAACUUUUAA